UUGCUUACUGCCAUUCUGACCAGUACAGUCCUUGGGGCAGCAGGUGGGGCCAGAGAAGCCUCUACGCAGUGAGACAGCCAGAGACAAGAGACCAGAGGAGACAGGAGAUCGGAGGCAAGAGAACAGAGAUCCCGGGAACAGAGGAGGUGACAGCCAAGGCACCAGGAGCUGGAAACAGUGGAGCCAAGAGGGCACAGCUUAACCAGGAUGCUGAUGGGCCCAUUGUGGACAGCCAUCAGCAAGGCGCUGUUUGCCGAGUUCCUGGCCACGGGGCUUUAUGUGUUUUUUGGCGUGGGCUCAGCCCUGCGCUGGCCCUCGGCCCUUCCCUCUGUACUGCAGAUCGCCAUCACCUUCAACCUGGCCACGGCUAUGGCUGUGCAGGUCACCUGGAAGGCCAGUGGGGCCCAUGUCAACCCUGCCGUGACUCUGGCCUUCCUCGUGGGCUCCCAAAUCUCCCUACCCCGUGCUGUGGCCUAUGUGGCUGCCCAGCUGGCAGGGGCCACAGUGGGAGCUGCUCUGCUUUAUGGGGUCACACCAGGGGACAUCCGAGAGACCCUUGGGGUCAAUGUGGUCCGGAGCAGCACCUCGACUGGCCAGGCAGUGACAGUGGAGCUGGUGCUCACCUUGCAGCUGGUGCUCUGUGUGUUAGCUUCCACCGACAGUCGUCAGGCAUCCGGCUCCCCGGCCACCAUGAUUGGGAUCUCUGUGGCACUGGGCCACCUCAUUGGGAUCUACUUCACGGGCUGCUCCAUGAACCCAGCUCGCUCCUUCGGUCCUGCUGUCAUCAUUGGCAAGUUCACAGUUCACUGGAUCUUCUGGGUGGGACCCCUGACAGGAGCUGUCCUGGCUUCACUGAUCUACAACUUUAUCCUGUUCCCGGACACCAAGACCCUGGCCCAGCGACUGGCCAUCCUCAAGGGUGCUGCGGAGGUGGACGAAGUGAUGGGGGUGGAGCCCCAGAAGGAAGAAUCCCAGUCCAGUUCAGGGGACACUGAAAUGGGGAAUGUGCAUCAGAUGGCAUAGAACGUGGCCCCUGUCCUCAGCCUACUGAGACGAGCCUGGGAGGUGGGCAGCAUGUCCUGUAUGACUGGACUCUGGAUUUUCCUGGGGGAAGGGAAGCUUGCAAGAGGGGAUGGGGAGGCUUCGCCGCUUGUCCUAACAGAGUAGGUGGGGGAUGCCAGCUCCUAUCCCUGCAUUACAUUUCUAGACAAAAAGGAUCUGGGGAGCAAAUCUGUUCAGUUUCCUCCUCCCACAUUUCUUACUUGGACAGAGCAGAGGAAGGCAAGGGAAUUCAUGACUGCCUUCCCCGUCUCUCAUCCAUCUGGACUCCAGAAUUGGAGCCCAGACAGCACUCUGCUUGGAGACUGAGGGCUAUAGGAAGCUCAGGGAACCCUAACUUCUCACCCUACCCUUGGGGAGGAGGGGCCAGACUUCCCAGAAGAAUCAGGCCCUGGGAGAGCCUCUGCAUCCCUCAGAGGAAUAGAUCUGCUCCUGGGUAUGGUUUGGGGGCUACGGCUUCUCACUGCAGACUGGGGGCUUCCUGAGGACAGAUUGCCCUCCCAAUAGAUGGUCAUUCCCCACUCUUCCAAAUUCAAGAGAGGACAUCCACUUGAGAAAAGCUGAUGGAGAGGAGCCUUUUCUUGGGCUCGCAGAGGGGCAGGAUAUAGGCAAGGGAGGUUUGGUCCAAACAGGCCUUUCCAGGGCAGGCCCUCCCCAGGCAUUUGCCCACUGUCCACCCCACAGGCUCAUUCAUAGGAACAAGCAUUCAGAGGGGGGAGUUCCUAGCCCAGCCCUCGGUCUAUGACUUGGGGCCACAGCUGUCCCUAGCAUCAUUCUGUGCUCCACCAGGAUCCCCAAAAAUCUGUUAAAUCCCAAGGAACUAGGGACUGACCCAGACAAUGAAGAUUUGCAAUUAGGUGCCUCUGAAGGAUCACCAGAGUCGCUAUCAGUUCAUUAAUAUUGACAAACUGCUGUGAAUGUACUCUGCCUAUGAUUUGGGGUCCUUCUGGACCUCUGCUUCCUCAGCUGUAAAAUGGGCACAAUUCUCCCCCAGGAAAUUGUGAAAGCAAGAGUUUGGAAUUGUUUUUCGAAGUUAAAAAUGCUAGAAAACAAACUCAAUAAAUGACGACUAUUGUUGC